AGCCCAGUAACCGAAGAACCCUAACCCAGCAAACCUUCGCUCUUUAAAAAGAUUAUCCCCUACGCAUAGCGUCCACUUUCCAUCACCAACAUCCAUCAAUCAAACAUGCCCGGCGUCGUCGUAGAAGAACUCGAAAACCAGCAGAAGCUAGACCUGCACGACGACACCCCAAUCAUUGAGGACGUUAAAGACGAAGAUGAUCACGUAGAUGAUGACGCCGAUUCUGACGACAAUGAAGAUGAGAAGGAAGACGGUCCUGAAGGUGCCAAUGAUGAGUCUAAACAGAGCAGAAGCGAGAAGAAGAGUCGAAAGGCAAUGUUGAAGCUGGGGAUGAAGGCCGUUAUUGGCGUUAGUAGAGUCACUAUUAAGAAAACAAAAAAUAUGAUGUUUUCCAUCUCAAAACCUGACGUAUUUAAAAGCCCGAAUUCUGAAACCUAUGUGAUAUUUGGGGAGGCAAAGUUCGAGGAUCUUAGCUCGCAAUUGCAGGCUCAAGCUGCUCAGCGAUUUAAAAUGCCUGAUAUGAGCUCAGUUAUGGAAAAACCAGAGGCAGCAGCUGCAGGUGCUACUGCACAGGCAGAUGAGGAAGAAGAAGAGGUUGAUGAGACUGGUGUUGUGCCGAAAGACGUUGAAUUGGUUAUGACACAGGCUGGUGUGUCGAGGGCGAAAGCUGUCAAGGCUCUAAAGUCUGGCAAUGGGGACAUUGUGAGUGCUAUUAUGGAGCUCACCACUUAGAGUUUGAAAUUGCUGGUUUGGUUUGGUUUGGUUUGGUUUAAGUUUGAACAGUUUUGGUGGCAUUUGAGGUGAUGCAUUGGUUUAUGUUUUCACAGUUCAUUUCUCAGUGAUUUUACAUUAUACUUUUUGGUUGAUUUUGGUCAUUCAUUGAAAAUUAUUAUUUCAUAUUUUUGCA